AUGUCGUCUACUGCAUCUGUAGUUCCCAAUGUUUCAUAUCAUUUGCCCAAGCCUGUUACGCAGAAUUUCCAGCACUUCGAUUGUGGUUCUGAUGGGUCAGUGUUGGGAUUUAAUCAUCAAUCAUCUCCAAAUAAUGAUUAUGGGCCUACUACUAAUUUUAUGAAGUCCGAGUCAUCUAUAUCCGCUUCAAAACUAGUUUCCUAUAACUUAGAUAACGCUUUACGUCUAUCAUUAAAGUCAUCUACAGUCCCGCUAAAUGGGCAUAUAUCAAAUUAUACAGAAAAACUGUCUCAACGACCUUUGUCUUUCCAUGAAUCGUCAGCCCCUCCUCUGGAUUCAAUAAUCAAGCAGAAAAUCCAAAGUCUACCCAGAUCUUUGAUCCUAGAAGAUUCGGAAGAAUGUAAAUCCGUCAAAAAAAGUUCUCCUGAAAAUAAACUCCUAUGUUCUGAUGAUGAACUUGAUCAUUUGUGUCAAACCGGUGCUCAUUGUAUUCCAAAAAGAGCUUUGGGAUUUGGUAACUCUGGGAAUACAUGUUAUCUUAACUCUGUACUUCAAUGUAUUUUGGCUACUGGACCUCUACUUGCAUAUAUUAACCAUAAACAUUCAAACCCUAGUAGUUGUUUCAUAACUAAUGGUCGGUCCAACCUUCCAAGCUUAAACAAAUCUCGAUUUUGUGUUCUAUGCGGUCUUUCUCGUCUUAUUAAUGAACAUCACUCUCAAAGUGGACGUACAAUUCCUUCUUACUUUGUAACAAAUGUUCGAGCUAUUUGUCCCAGUCUUCGUCCUUAUCAACAAGAAGAUGCACAUGAAUUUCUACUUGGACUUUUAUCAAGAAUGGAAGAUAGUUCAUUGGCAAGUUUAGGUAAAGUGUCUCGUAAAAUAUCUGAAACAAAUGUCAUCAGGAGGAUUUUCGGUGGUAUAAUACGUUCAGAAGUGACAUGUCGUUCUUGCCUCAAAGUUUCAGCGCGGGAUGAACAAUGCUUUAAUCUGUCUAUGGAUAUCACUUGCGCUCGAAGUUUACAGCAAUGUCUGUGUAAUUAUAUUCGCAGUGAAGAGUUAUCGGGUCAAAAUGCAUAUAAAUGUGAAAAUUGUCAUCAACUUCGACCAGCUAUGAGAAAAUGUACCAUUUAUCGAGCACCACCUAUACUUAUUAUUCAGCUAAAUAGAUUUUCACGUCAUCAAAAACUUGAUAUCCGUGUAGAUUUUCCUUCAUCAUUUAAUUUACGUCCAUUUAUGACACAAUCAAAAGGUUUACCAAUAUUAUAUAAAUUAUAUGCUAUUGUUAAUCAUGAAGGAUAUAGUUGUCGUAGUGGACAUUAUGUAUCAUUUACUUUACGUCAUGGUCAAUGGUUAUCACUUAAUGAUAGCUUUGUUUCAACAACAAAUCCUGACCAUGUUUUACGUCAGUCACCCUACCUGCUGUUCUAUGAAGCGGUUCGUAAUUCAACUAACGGUACAGUUACUCGUACAGUUACCUCUAAGGAGUCUUCACUUGACACUAAUACUCCGAAGCUAAAUAACUCUCAGUUACCUCCUGUUAAUGAUACAGUCAAACAACAACAGUCUAUUACAAAACCUUAUUUACCAUCAUCAUCAUCGUCUACACAGCCUAAUCAUCAUAAAUCUGUUAACAUCAUAAAACAAACAAAUUUACUACCUUUAACCACAUCAUCUGUUAUUUCUCAAAGUACUUCAUUUUCUAAGACACCAACAAUAAAUUCAUUGUGUUGCAGUAAUCCUACUACAAACACGGUAUCAUCCAUACCGAAAAUAGUUUUUAAUCCUAAACUUUCAUUAAAUAAAAUAAACAUCCUGCCCUCACCAAUUGUUCCUUCUACGUCGAUAUCAAAUGGUCCCAUUAAUACUUUAUCUUUUACUUCGAAGAAUAAAAAUAUUCAAGAUAUCGUAGAGUGUGGGAAGAGUCAUCAUUCAAAUGUCAUAUCAACAGUACCUUCAGCCAACAAUAGUACUAGUGGUACGACAACAACCAUCUCUUUAUCAGCGGCCACUGUCCGAGAGUUGCUUUAUGGUAAAGAAACAUCAUCAAAUUUAUGGACAGAACGUCCAACACCAAUAAACGAGUCUGUUUUAUCAUUGUCGUCGACUUCAUCGUCAUCAUCCUCAACAACAACAACAACAUUAUCUCAUUGUAUUAGAAAUCCGACUAGUGAACAAUCAUCAGUUAAUCUUUGUAAUAAUUCAGAUAAUUUAACCACAAUCAGUACCACAAAGGUACAAACCACCUCAUCUCAAUUACCUUCAGUUAAUACUGCAGGCUUAAAAGAUAAACAACAUGAAUUGACGAAUCCUUUAGUGGACUAUUCUUAUGAGGAGUCGGACAGUGAUAAAAAUGUUUCACCACCUCCUCACAAACGAAGCCGAACAACAUACAGUGGCUCUGACUCGGGCAUUGUUUGGGUUCCCGGCAAUCAUAAUGAAAAAUCCAAAAAGCAUUAUACUUAUAAAUCUUCAUCAGAUGAACAUAAACGUCAUAAGAAAAAGCAUAAAAGUCGUCAUUCAUCUAAACUCAGUUCUUCCCAUCAUAAUUCAUGGAAUGGUUCCGACGAUAACCAUCGUCAUCAUAAUCAUCGUAAUCGAGAACUCGAUCGUAGCAGUAGUCUGCCUCGUCCUUCUUCUCAUCAUCAUCAUCAUGACAAACAUCGUCGCCGCCAUCAUCACAAAAAAUAUCGACAAGAGUCGCCUGAUUCCAAAAACCACCGGUUUCAUUCACAUCAUAAACACUACAAACAAUCUCAUCGUCAUGAAAAUGGAUACAGGUAA